UUUUGCACGUGGUAUUUCUAGGCAAUGUUAUCAAUGACGUAAGAAAUGAUUUGUGGGACGCAUUCUUGUGCUAAUAAUAAUGGAUUAAUACAACUUCACUUACAAUACAUAAGUUGUUAACGAUAAUCAACUGAAUAACGAAGCACAUUGUUGUAUUUUAAGCAUGGCAUCAAUUAGAUUAAUUAGCCAAGUUUUAAAAAGAAGAACUUACUCAGUAUCCGGUGUUCCAAUACUUUUAUCAUCCUGUUAUCGAAAUACUAAUAACAUUAUAAUAAAAAAAUAUUCGAGUCGACGACCAUCAGAAAUUUCGAAGGUUGAUGAAGAUGACCUUAAAAAUAAAAUACGAAUUACAACUGCGGAUGUAGUUAAAGAGCAUACUAAAUCAGCUUGGUACUUCUCGGUGAUAAUCGCUGGUCUAGGAGUCACCGCUUUUAUGUUUUUUGCUGUGUUGAGUGAAUUAUUCUCGGAUAAAAGUCCAAACAGCAUUUAUAGUAAAGCUGUCGAAAGAUGUAUGAAUGAUCCGAAAGUGAUUGAUGCUUUAGGAGAACCAAUUAAAGCAUAUGGUGAAGAAACUCGCCGGGGUCGUCGUAGACAUGUCAGUCACUUGGUUUAUAUGCAUAAUGAUAGAACAUAUAUGAGAAUGCAAUUUUAUAUUCAAGGAGCUCGGAAACGUGGUACAGUACACUUAGAAGUUCGAGAGAAUAACAAAGGUCAAUUUGUUUAUCGAUAUUUAUUCAUACAAUUGGAGGAUUUACUAAAUACUGUAAUUGUCCUGGAAGACAACAGAGCUACUGAAAUGGAAAGUAAUAAAGUUGAAGAUUUAGCUCCUUUCAAUUUUCCAGUCAUGCCAUCAUCAUCGUAAAUCAUGGGUGAAAGAAAUGUAAUUUUUACGAAUUUAUAAUUUUCGUUUUUUUUUUAUUUUCUAGUCUAAGGUAAAAAAUUUUAUGCAGUUGACAAUUUUUGCAAAUAAACAUUUUUCCAUUAGUU